AUGAUGCCUGUUUCAUCAUCAACAAAUACAAAAACAAAUCCGUAUAUGAAUACUGAUGAAUUUUUUGAAUAUCUUGAAAAACGAUACAAUAAUACAUUUGCUGUUUUUAUAUGUAAAGAAUUACAGAUAAUCACUCCAUCAAUCUUAACGGUAUUAACAAUCAAAGAACUGAAUGAUUUAGCUCAUACAGUUUAUCCUGAUUUAAAAUCAUGUAGUGUAGAAUAUUACACUGGUGAUUAUGCAGAUAAGAAUGGCAAUCAUCAAUUAAAACAUAGCAUUGUGGCUUUAAUACAAAUUUUGAAAAAAGAAUUUAGUCUUGAUCGUCGAAAAAGAGGCAGAACUGAUCCGACAACAACUAAUUCAAGUGAAAUGAGUGAAGCAGAUACUGUUGUCAAUAAAAAUGAAAUAAAUUUAUCCAAUGAUAAACACAUCGGAAAACGUAAACGUCGUUAUUGUAAGGUUGAAUCGUCAAAUCAUUAUUCAAGUAAUAUUGAAUGGUCUUUUUCAAGUGACGAAUAUCAACCUCCAUCACUCGAACAAUUAUAUCCAAAUGAAGAUGCUUCUGCUCAAGAACGAGCUGAUUUUGAACUUUUAACUAAUGGUCGUAUGGAUUACUUUUGUCAAAAAUACUUAUUUUUGAUGAAUGUUAAUGGUAUGGAUUUAGCGUUCUAUUACUCAAAUGAGAUAUUAUAG